AAAGUGAAAAUCGAUUUGCGAAACUGGAGCAGAGGCAAACCCAGGUUAUCACUAAUGAACAGGAAGUAUCCCUCGCAAAAAAUAUUUCACCGCCUAUCGAAGAUCAGUCCGAUAAAGAUAACGGUAUUACUCUCGAUCCCUUGUCCGAACAUAACUCGACCCAGACCCAAUGGAGCAAUUCUAAAUCUCUAACUGAUCCUGAAUCGUCUAUUGCUUCUUUGCCACAAGAUAUUAUUGAUGACGAUUCAGCUGAAACUCUAGAUUUUGUAGAAAGGGGAUAUAAAGAACGUGUUAGUAAAGAGAAAAUGGAGAGAAUUAGAGAAAAGAAACUUCGGGAUCAAAACUUAUCUUCGGAUAAUAGUUCAUCGGAUCAAUCUAAUUUAUCGUGUGAUAUAUCGCGAGAACAUAAAAUAACCAAUCAAAAUCUCAGAAUAUCAAUCAAAGAUAAAGUCUCCUUGUCCCGAGCCAAAUUAUCUACUGAUCAAGCGCAAAGUGACAUCCCUGAACUAAGUAAUAUCCCGUCCCAAAUAGCAGAAGCCAGUACAUUGGUGGUAAAAAUUCCCUAUAAUCGGAAAGUAGAACAAGAAUUAGAUGCGAAAAUAUCAUCGUAUGAAUCUCAAAAAUUGAUCGGCGUGAAGAAUUCUUCACGCGCAUAUGGCCAAUCGAAAUCAGAUAUAGAAAUUAAAGCAUGCGAAGAAACUUUACUGGAAACCGAG